AUGGUGCCACAUUUGGGAACAUCUCCAAGUCAAAACUUUUGCGAUGAUUCACACGAGUUCUACCUAGAGUUCGAAUUAUUUAAACGAUUUGCUGUUUUCGUGAAUGGGGUCCUAGCUUUGCGCAAGGCUCGCGACAUUCAAAGGUUAUAUCUUUCGUGUGGUUACGCGCACUCGGAUCCGUCUUAUGCCAUCUCAGUGUCUACAUGGGUUCGAACCGCCAUUGGGCCCCACCUGGAGGAAUUGCGGCUCACCUUAAAUUCCAAUGGUGGACAGUGCUUCGUGAUGCCUCGCACACUCUUCACUUGCACCAAGCUUGUGUCAUUGAGUUUGUGCGGUGGAAUCCACGUGCAACAACCUUCUACGGUUCAUUUGCCAUCGUUAAAGGUAUUGCGUAUGGACAUUGAAUCUGUGGAUUCCAUUGAUACCCUUCUCUCUGGGUGUCCUGCUCUCGAAACUCUGGAUUUGUCUUUUGCUUCUCAAAGCUUGACCGAAUUUCGUGUCCCCUGUUCCUUAAAGAGGAUGACGUUUGCUGUUGAGAAUGACGUUGGAAUUUACCUUGAAAUAGACGCGCCGGGUCUUGAGUACCUAAGCAUUACUCAAAAGGCUAGGUUUUUCCCUUGCUCAAUUCGUAAUUUGCAGAGUGUGGUGGAUGCGUACCUUGAUGUCUACGCAACAGGUGAAUCUUCCAAUGUUUUGAUCAACCUACUCCAAGCUCUAUGUGGAACAAAAUCUCUAGUGUUGCAUCAUUUAACAACAAAGUGGCUACUUCGUGCUCCUAUUUUAGACUUUCCAGAAUUUCAUUUCUUACUUCGUCUGGAGAUCAUUCUUCCAUCUUUCAACUCGAGUUUUCUGGUGAACUUGCUUCAAAAAUGUCAUAUGCUUCAAGUUCUUGAGAUUCGUAAUGAGAGGGAACCAUCACCUUUACGAAGCUGGGUGCAACCAAUAAGUGUUCCUAAUUGUGUUGAAUCACACCUGACCUUUAUUCAAUUUAGAGGAUAUCAAGGAUUUGCAGACGAGCUCGCAUUUGCUGGGUAUAUUUUACGAACAGGACAUGUUUUGAAGACAAUGAUUAUUAAUACUGAUAUUAUGUUGGACCUAGACCUAGAGAAAAAGUAUAGUGUUCUCAGAAAACUAUCUAUUAUGCCAAGGGGCUCGAGCAUGUGCCAAUUGAAUUUUUUUUGA